GACAACAGCGACAAUACUUAUUGUCACACGUGCGCUUACAUCCAUAUAUAUUUCUCUAUGGAAUGGGUCUUAUGAGAAACUAUGUCUCAUUCACAGGGGAACAGUAUUGAGCCCUUUAGUGAACAAGAACAUAGGGGAGAUACCGACAUUGAUAAGAAGCCCAAAAACAGAAGGCCAGCAAACACUGCCUUCCGGCAACAACGUCUAAAAGCCUGGCAGCCGAUUUUGACACCCAAGAGUGUUUUACCUCUCUUUUUCAUCGUCGGAGUCAUUUUUGCCCCUAUCGGUGGGUUAUUGCUAUGGGCUAGUUCAACUGUUCAAGAAUUAGUGAUAGACUAUUCAGACUGCAAGGACGCCACAACGGAUGCUGUAUCGAUCCCUGAUGAUAAAUUCAAAUAUACGUUCAAAUCGUCUUUCGAUCAACGGCCGUCCUGGCAACGUUUCCGUAACGACAAUGGAGAGGAUCAUUGCCGACUGAUGUUUGAUAUUCCGGAUACUAUCGGGCCGCCGGUUUUCAUGUACUACCGUCUUACCAACUUCUACCAGAAUCAUCGAAGAUACGUGAAGAGCCUUGAUAUGGAUCAGCUGAAAGGAAAGGCUGUCAAAAACGCUACGAUCAAUGGUGGCUCAUGCGAUCCCCUCAAGCUCGAUGAAAACGGAAAGGCCUAUUAUCCCUGCGGACUCAUCGCGAACUCCAUGUUCAAUGACACAAUAAAUAACCCUAUACUUGUUAACGGCCGCGGUGGUGAUCCUGAGACGUACAAUAUGACCAAGAAGGGUAUCGCGUGGGACAGUGACAAAGAGCUCAUCAAGAAGACUGAGUACGAACCAGGUGCGGUAGUUCCGCCACCCAAUUGGCGAGAACGCUAUCCCAACUACGACAGUGGAAUCCCAAAUCUGCAUGAAGAUGAGGAUUUCAUGGUUUGGAUGAGAACAGCCGCAUUGCCCACAUUUAGCAAGCUGUCCCGGAGAAAUGACAACGAAUCCAUGCAGUCGGGACGAUAUCGGUUGGACAUCAAAGAUCCUUUUCCCGUCACUGAUUAUGGCGGUACCAAAUCUAUUCUAAUUUCCACCCGAAGUGUUCUUGGAGGCCGAAAUCCAUUCAUGGGAAUUGCCUACGUUGUUGUCGGAGGUGUCUGCGUUCUUCUCGGAGCUAUGUUCACAAUUGCGCACCUAGUCCGUCCAAGCUCCGCUAUCGCGACUGGGCGAGAUGAUAGGAAUGGGGCCCAUUCCCGUUAA